AUGGCUUUAGGAAACAAUACCCAGAGAAGUUAUUCCAUCAUCCCCUGCUUCAUCUUUGUUGAGCUUGUCAUCAUGGCUGGGACUGUUCUGCUCGCCUACUACUUCGAGUGCACCGAUACUUUUCAGGUGCAUAUCCAAGGUUUCUUCUGUCAGGACGGCAAUUUGAUGAAACCAUACCCUGGAACAGAGGAUGAGAGCUUCAUUUCACCUCUUGUGCUGUACUGUGUGCUGGCUUCAACUCCAACAGCUAUUAUUUUUAUUGGUGAGAUAUCCAUGUAUUUCAUAAGGUCAACCCGAGAAACCCUAAUUAUUCAAGAGAAAACUAUAUUGACUGGAGAGUGCUGUUACCUGAACCCACUGCUUCGAAGAAUAAUACGUUUUAUAG